UUCUUGGAUAUUACAAUAAUUCUAUUUUUUAAUAAUCACAAAUAAAUAAAGACUCGUAUUGUUCACUUGAGCGGACAUGUAAAGAGAGAUAGUUUCAUUAAUCAACGAUUAAUUAUUCAAUUUAAUACGGAUUGUACAUAUUCAAGAAUUAUUAGUCAAAAUGUUCAGGAAAUGUUUGAGCAGUUUAUCGGCCAAUUGUUUAUUAAAAAUUGAUAACUAUUCGGCUAAUAGACUAAUUAUACCUGUUGCGAAUAAAUUUACAAAAAUACGUGAAGAAUAUGAAGAAGGACCGAUAGAAUUUGUAAAUCGAAAUAAUUAUGUUUAUCCACCCCAAGAACCUGGAGAAGAACGUCGACCAGCGUUUGUUGCUCACAUGAAAACAAAUAUUAAAUACAGUCCAAAAACUAUGUGGUACGUGGCCUCUUUAGUCAGAGGUCUUUCUGUUGAUGAAGCAAUUAAACAGUUGAGUUUUUGUGCGAAAAAAGGUGCAGCAGCUGCUAAAGAAACAAUUCUAGAAGCUCAGCAAAUGGCUGUAGAAAAACAUAAUGUCGAAUUCAAAAGUAAUUUAUGGGUUUCUGAAUCUUUUGCUACAAAAGGAGUAACAGUUAAAGGUAUGAAAAGACGUGGAAAAAUGAGAAUGUCAAAAAUAUUAUACCGACAUGUUCAUUACUUUGUACUACUAGAAGAGGGAAAACCGCCGAAAAAUUAUUAUCUCCCUGAACCAAAAACUAAAGAACAGUUACUAGAAGAUUACAAAGCUAAAUUACGUGAACGUAAAAUUGGCAAUGCUCUUUAAUGUGUAUUAAUUAGAUUUAUAAAUGGCUUAUAAAACAAAAAUA